CAUUAACCCUUUCUAAAAUGUUCUUUUUUUUUUCCUUCGAACAGGGCGACAUCUGGCGCCAAUGGCAUCUUCUCCCGGCGAUUGGACUUUUCCUCCUUCAACAUGCUACCCCGGCAGCGGAUAAACUCCUACUCGAUCAAGAUUGAGGACGAAGGCAACCACGGAAACGACGAGACCCGUCUGUUUAUCCUGUCUUCGCUGGCCGCCCAACACAAGAGCCGGGUGGCGUGUGUCCUGUGCGAGGAACCGAUGCUAGUCUUUGAUCGCUAUCCGCUCGUCGACGGGACGUUCUUCCUCAGUCCGAAACAGCACGCCAAGGGCUGCAUCGAGGUGAAAUACGAGAAUCGAGUCCAAUACUUGACGUCGGUUUGCAUGGCGUGUCUGGAUGGCGUCGAACAGAGUCGAGUUGUACGUUGCAGAUUUUGCGCCCAGAAAUGGGACGGCUCGUCAUUGGUUCUCGGAACCAUGUAUUCGUACGACAUUUUUGCUGCGAUGCCAUGCUGCACUGAACGAUUGAAGUGCAACAACUGUUUCAAGCUGCUGCUGCAUCCGCAUCAGCGGCUGAACUUCUACAGCGACUACAGCCACAGCGUUUCGUGUCCGUACUGUCACGCCCAGGACACGCACUUCGUAAAGCCGUUGGCCUACUGCUACACCAAACAGCCGAUGCAGCUGUUCCAGCAGUGGCCAUAACAUGAGGCCCCGUUGGAGUCCCCGAAAGUGGCCGAUGCCCAGUUCGCCACCUCAUCGUCCGCCAGCAUCGCAACCUGUAGCCGAAGCAAUAGCACCUCGUCAGCCGCAGCAUCGCCCCCGUUGACGUCCACCGGAGUGGACUCAAUGGCAGCGAUGAACUCGUUUAUCCGGGAGCUGCGCAACCUCAACAGCUCCACCAGCAGUAGUGCUAUGAGUAACAGUAGCUUCGAUUCCGGGUUUUCCGCUUCGUUUGCCGGGGAUUCCAACGGCGGUAGUGGCCGGGCCACUGCCAUCGCCGCGCAACCUCUUCAACCACAGUCAUCUAACAUCGUUUGGGGCAACAAGUCGCUCUGGGGUGUUCCACCGCCGAGCCCAUCACCAGGAGCGAUCAAGUCAUCAACAGUGGAUUUGUCAUCCACGUUUACUAACACUAGCAGUAACAGUAUGUACGUUAGUAGCAAAGAUUCCUCUAGUACUUCUUCCGGUGGCUCUAUAUGGGCCUCGUCAAUGACGGCCAAUCCGUCAACAGUCCCCUCCCAGUCCCGAUCCUCGAACUUUUCCGCCAAUAUCUGGGAAAAUUCAGGUACGAAAGCAAAUCCGGAACCACUCGGUUCGAUCUGGAUGAUUCCGGAAACCGGCCGCGGUAAUGUAUGGGGUACCAGCUCUCAGUUACUGCGACCUACCGAAAUAGGCUCCGCAACCGGGACAGGGAAUGACGAGAGCAAACUGAGCUCAUUGUGGGGCACUUCUGGUGCGUCGUCAUCGUCGUCGACGUCAUCCUCAGGGAAUGUAUUGAACUCGCUCCGGCUGGCGGGUACGGUCGGUGCCGGAGGUGUUGGCCCAGGUUCUAGCUUCGGGGGCCUCGGUGGACUCAUUACCAGUCCAUCAGUUACGGGCAAUACGGCGACUAUGCCGGCAGCCACUGCAUCAACCAUGCAGCUAUUUUCGGACGAUUUUCUCAGUUAUCUCAAUAUCAACAAUUAGAGCAAUUUUACAAUCUGUUAUUUAGUUCGAUUGCGUUUUAUUAUAAUUAUUUUUAUUUUUAUUUGUCUGAAGGUGUUAGUUUGGAAAUUAUUAUUUUUUGCUGUUUGUUUUAUGGAUAUAUAUUUUUCGGUUAUUCGUUUACAUAUGCAAUGAACAAUGCAUUUUAAGAGAAAAGUGUUUUUUCUUUCUUUUUUUGAACCAUUUUUGAUUCGUGUUGUACAGAUAUUUUUCGCGAAGUAAAUUAAAGAAAAUAAAAUGGAAAAGUCCAUAAUCAUACUAAAUAUAUUAUCUAAAGAAAAUCUAAAAUGUUUAAGGAGUAUGAAAAGCGCGUUUAUCUCAUUUUUCUAAGUCUGUAAGUAAAAAAAACAAGAAUAACAUUUAUACAAAAAAAAAUCAAAAGCUAAACAAAGUAACGGAAAGCUAAGCGAACGUUCGGUUCUCCCAUGUAAUCUCGUGUUUAAGCUUAAAACGAACCUCGAAAGUCUCACAUAUUUCGGGGUUAGGAAUUGCGUAUUGACAAAUGCAUUACAAUCAGUUAUUUCCCGUUAUCGACGUUAUGGUAAACAAAGGCAAACACUUUAGGGAAUGGAUGAAUGUUUUUCAAUUUUUUGGUUCUGGCGAUGAGCGUCAACAUACAAGAGUAAAAUCAGGUAUUUCUUCUAGAUAUAAGUGGAAAAAAUAAUAAUCCUUUAGAAGUUUAUACAUAUAGACAUACAAGAAAUGAAGGCAAGCAAAACUCAAAUUCUGUACAUAUAGGCCCAGUUGCAAAAGUGAACGAUUAGCAAGCAAUAUUUAUGAGCGCGAAGAUGGUCGAACAUGGUUGCCAGAGAAAAAGAGAGAACGAGCAGAAGAGCGAAUGACCAAACAUUACUGAAAAAUGUUCCAUGUUUUUGACCUUUCAUUCUCGAAUCGGAGAAGCGUAAAAAAAAGUUUAUCUGCCAUGUAAGGUUAGAAAUUCUCAAUACAUCUGUCAGAGAUCUAGUGUUUAGUGUUAAGAAGAAAAAAAAAAACAAGCGACAUGUGAUUAAAAUCGUGGAAAUGUAAGGUGUAUAAAAUAAUCAAACAUUCGACUGCGACUGGUGUGCAUACGCGAAGAAAAAGCAAGUUUUAUGAUAGUUCCCGGAGUUUCUAAAACUCGCCGUAUUCUUUUAUCCGCUUGACGUUAGAGUUUAAAGUUUACCGAAUAGGGUGUUUCCUACGAGCAACAGAGAUGGAAGUAUUUUUCAUACACACUUUUUGUAGGAUAUUGUUUACAUUGGAAGCAAGAGAAGGAAAAGCAAGGAAGGAGCAGAAAACAGCAAUUUACACGUUUUAGCCAAGUGAAAGUAGGCAAACUUUUGGACAAAAUUUUGGAUUUUUAUUUUCAAAAACAAUACGAAGCAAUGGAACGCAAAUAAUUUUGCACAAAAUCGAUAUUUACAUUUUGCUCCAAUUCCAAUCACGUGAGUACGAAAAUAAAGUGCACAUUCAUAGGUGAUAUCAGAUAGGUUUUUCAAAAUUCAGGACCUUGGUGAGGCUGGCCGAACAUUUGAAUGUGUUAUUCCAUAUUUAUCUGACUUAAAAUCAGAAAAAACGGAUUUGUUUUACUUUUCACACACAAGAUCGAAAAAUACUCUCUAAUCUCUAAUCUCUUUUUAAACUUAAUUUUUCGAAAUUUGCGAUCAAAAUUUUAAAAAUUUCAAAAAAUUUUCGAAAAUUUUAUGUUAUUUUUAUGCUUACACAAUCGCAGCCUCCCAAGGAUCCCUUAUGCUCGGAAAAAUGCCAAAACACAAUGUUAACUAACUAUCCCAACCAGGAAAAAGGACUGAAAUGAUUGCAAAUCAAACUAAGGCUUAAGCAAGGCGCCCCCUUAAUAUUCUCCCAACUUUUCCUUCCUCACACUUUUGUAGAACCCCCUUCGAAUAUUCUAACGUUUCAAAAACAUACCAUGACCAUACACGCUAAAGUUAAUCGGUAAGUUCAGGUUAAGAAUACGUUAAAAACGAGAGGUAAGCAAGCAACUGGUGAUAAUUUUUCCUCGUGAACGUCAAGUUAGGGAUUCUUCCAAAUCCUGUCGAACUGCAAGCAAGCCGCUAACAGAUACGUCGCACGAUGAGGAAUCUAGUUUUUCGCUUUUAUCGGUAGAAUGUAAGAUGCGUAACUAUUCGCGAAAUGUUUCUUAAUCAACGCCCAUUUGGAACGCAACGGGAAUCGAAAACCGAUCAGCUGGCAGCACUGCUUCGGCGGCGAAUGUCAGUUGAGGCGGAUGGCAGAGGCUUUAUUUUGGAAGAUUUUUUCGGAAUUGGAUUUUUUUUUUCGGUAAUAAAUGUACGCAAGUAGCGUUUAAUGGUAGAUAUAAGAUCCCUUCCCCAUACCUACUCCAUCGAGUUCAUCAUCUUCACCCUAUUUACGAAAGCAAAAGGAAGAGUUUUAAGCAAAAACCAUGCUUAAAUAGCAACUUAGUGGAUGGAAUGCCGAUUUUUACAAAGUUACAAGCAAGACGUUCGUUUUCCGAGCAGCAAUUGGAAGUCGAGUUAUCGUUUGGUUUAGUUUCAGAAAGUUAGCAAUAGAUUACAGAUGCAGUAACGAUCAGUGCAACCAGUCAAACUUUUGCGCGAAUGAACGGGAAUUCGAGUGAAUGCGAGAUAGAUCACGUUUGAUUUGUAAAUAAUAAUACGAGUUAAGGAAGUUCUAGUUCUAACAUUUAAGCCAAUAAGGUAAGAGAUGAAAAUAAAACUUGAAAAUAUAAUUACCAGCAACACACACUAAGUCUUGGUUGUUAAACAAGGAAUAGGAAAAAGAGUUGGUGAACUCCUUUAGGAGUUUACUCUUACUGGAUUAUGAAAAACAGAAGGAAUACUGUGGAAAAGUAUAGAGAUAUGUUAAGUAAUCUAAAUGAAAUUAAACCACUUUAGGAACGUAGAUUUUAGCAAGCAAACACCCAGAACAUAAUGUUGACAUAUCCUUGUUUCUGCUAACAAUAAACGAAAUACUAGAUGUGAGUACCCUACGUAGACGUAGUUUGUAAACACCGUGAGUGGAUUCGACUAUGGGAAGUGCCACUCUUCUGACGGAGCGGGCUGUCGAGUUAUUAUGUUAUUUUUUAUGUUUAACCAAAUUUUAUCGUGCCAGACUCUCUUCUAAUCAAUGGAGACUGUCACAAGUUUAAGAUUAAAACAAAAUAAAAUUCUCAGAUCAUCUGAUGAAGUCACGUACAAAUGGACAGUCCACGUCGGGAAGAGUGCUCUUCCGAUAAGGAAAUUCUCUUAGCAUAGAAUCGCAUUUUUCCUUGAAUUUAAGCCAAGUUUAAUGCACACUGUACGCACGCAGCACAUUGACUGUGAAGUGGAUGCAGUUAUUAGGAUAAAUGUACGUUUUUGUCUCCUAACUAGAUAUGACGUAAAAGGUAAGUCGUUUUUCUGUGUACCACACGCCCUUUUAUUUCGAGAAAUGUUACGCUUUUAGUUAAAUUUACGGUAAAUUUUGAAUAGAUAAGCAUAUUUGGUUGCAUCAUAUUUGAAUCUAAUCACAUUUGAAGCCGAA